UGCCCGCCUACGCUUCAGCUUACAGCUUGCACCAGAGAGCUCUGGAGCCUCAGCCUUUUAGCAAAAGGACACUUUCUCUGCUUUUAUGCCUAGACAGCUGAGGAGGCAGCCCCUGAAAAGAAAUCCAGUAGCCUUGAAGGAUUUGUCUCCUUCCUUGUGUUUCGCUUCUCUUCCAUCCAUGUCCCAGUGGAUCAAUGGCUCCCCGACUGGCAACGAGAGCCGAGACUUCCGCAUCCCUCAGAUUCUCUUCCCCAGUUAUGGGAGGUGUCGGAUCCGUGGCCCCCGUUGUCAUCAUGGUGCUGCUGCUGCUUCUCUGCUUCCCCUUCAGAAGAAAAAAACGGCAAUUAUCAACAAGAAUUCUUAAGAAGAACUCAACUUCAUCAGAGCUCCUCAGUAUAACUAAAUUAGAAGAUGGGCAGAGUCUGCAAGAGAAGUCUCUUGAAGAUGGAACAUUGCACAAAGGUAGCUCUUUGCCCAGUAACCCAGCUGAGAGCCAAACAAACGGUUGUGUGGUACAUCAUCUGCCCGCAAACUCUCCGCAGUAUCCAGACACAGUAAGCUCAAACCACCAAAAGACAGAGAAGUUUGAAGUGACAAAUUUAGAACACUCAAUAAGUCUUGGUUCACAAGCAUCAUGUCCCAACUCAACUACCCCAGGCCCACUGCAGCUCAGGAAACUUCCCAUGACUCCGAGGGAAGAGGACAUAUCUAGAACAGAGCCUCUGAAUCCAAGCAUGGACAGCCGAGUUUAUGAAAGCAUCAAGGAUGGAGAAAGAAAAUUGUGUUCCAGGGACUGGUCAAAAGGACGGGAAGGCUCAGACUUGCUAUCCAAGACCUCCAGCUGUGCUCAGGUGGGGUCUGUGGAAUCUGGUGGGAAAGAGAACAGGACUGCAGAGGUAAUGGGCAUGCAUCCAUGGUCUGGUGAUGCAUCUGCACCAUUGACUGCGACCCUGGAGUGCAAUGAAUCACAUCUGCAACUGCAGGAAUUGACAGCUGAACAAGAUGCUCCUACGGAGUCCGCAUCUGAUGUGGAGAAGAAACUACGUGCAAUGUAUGCUCGGGUAUGCAAAAAACCCAAGACAGAUCAGCAGUUUCAACCUGCAAAUCACAACAGGCCCUUGGAAGAGGGAGAGGAAGAACCACCACCCAUCCCAGAAAAACAUUUUGAUGAUAUCUAUGAAAGCAUUGAUCUGGAGACGCAGGGAAGUGAAAUGCCAAGUGUUAUAAUAACCCCAUCGGAUGCAUGAACAAAAGCAGUGGGGAAGACAACCCAUAUCUGCCUAUGUCAAGGCUUUUUCUAGGCCUUGCAGGAGAGGCACAGAACCUUAUUUGGUGCCAAAAAAGCAUUUCAGGAGCUAGAUCCUCUUCUGUUACUGAUCCCUGAGGAGCUCCUGGAGCUAUUGCGGAAGGGAGGUGGUACAUCAGAUCCUGGCAGUUCUGCAGAAUGCUACAUCUGGUACUUCAAAGCUCUGGGCUCUAGUCUCAUUUCAAUCACAAAGUUGCUCCUAACCUCAGUUCCCUUCUGUAAAAUGGGCAGUCUGGAAACCUGCUGUGCAGCACUGUUGUGUUUCUGCUCAGUUCUCAUUCAGUUCAGGGGAUCUGGUGCAAGAGAAUUUCCUGGUGGAUUUUGCCAAUGGUGAGAAAACAGGGGUCUGAGCUUGUAGAUCAUUGUAAACUGUUUCACACACAAUCAUCCUUUUCUCAUGAUGAUGAUCUUUCCGUGCUGUUGCUUCCUCUAUCAGUUGCAAGCGGAAUUAUACCGGUGAUUCUGUGUAUUGCAUUAUUAAAGCUGCCUCAUGUUAGCGUACUGAGAGGAGCUGCGUAUGAGAAUGUUAACAUUUUGGAGUUCAGUGUUUCCUUUUUCAUAUUUUUUUUAAUCUGCUUCUGCUGUUGCAAUAGGUGCAUUUUAGAAAUCCAAUAUGAAUUUGGAAGUUGCAGAUAAGUUCCUGCUCCUAGCAUUGCCCUUCCCCCAACACCCAAAAUAUCAAUGAGAGCAUUAUUUUCUGCUCCGGUUUCCCCAUACACACACAAACACUUUGUAGCUGAAUGCUGGCUACUAUCACUCUGGUAUAGAAACAAAGGGAAGCUAUAUUAAUGUUCUGUUGGCUGGGCCUUGGGCCCGGGAACAAAAGAAGAGCAUUCAGAGUUACAGCCCCAGGGUAGCCCAUAGGAUGCAAUGCUUUCUGGGAGCUUGGCUGCCAUGGAGCAAAGGCAAUGGCAGCUAGUGACCAGACAGGUUUUAAGAAUGUUAAAAGGGAUAUGAUAAAGUAUGGUUUCCUUUUGGUGAACCAACAGGGUUCUUUUGUCCUGCCAUUGCCUCUGGAUAACCAGGGUUUUUAAAUCAUUCAAAAAUCCGGAUAUCCGGCUUCCCAAGGACAGUGGUACGCUGGCAUUCAAACCCCAGGCAAGAAGGCCUCCCCCCUCCCCCUUAGACAUUCUGAAUGUCUGACUUGGGACUGACAUAAGGUUGAUAUGUGGGCAGGUAGUAGUUUCAGCCUGUGAUCACACUAGGGUCACAAGUCACACCAGGCAAGCCCCCACUGGAGGGGGUUUGUCUACAUCUACAGUAACACAGGCCUUGGGGUUGCAAGGAUAAGGGUAAAGUAUGUGUAAUGCUCCAAAUACCCAUGAAUUAUGAUAAAGCAACAACCGUAUGCUUAUCAUUAGUUAUUUAUUUCCAGGUGGUCAAUUAAUUAAUGACUUCUGUGAACCCAAAGUGCCCAUCUGCAGUCGAGGCUGCCGGCUGCAUCCGUCUGCCUGUGCUCUGGUCCAGGUUCCAUCCAGUCUGCAGGAGCUGAAUAGUAGUGCUGAGAGAGUUUGCAUGAGUCUAUUUCUGUCCUUCAGCACAGAGAGAAGACAGCUGUAUUCAUCCUCAGGGGAAACUCUUCUGUAUGAAUUGCUGCUCUAGCCCUGCCACCUUUCAAUCAGGAAUUGUAUCUGAAUCAUGUAGAAAUGCAGAGGGUGAGCUCCUCUGAGGCAGGUUAACACAAAUCCAGUGCAAUCUUAUGCAAGAUUACUUCAGUCUAAGCUCGCUGAUUUCAGUGAGCUUAGACUGGAGUAACUCUGCAUAGGAUUGCACUAUAAAAGUAAAAUUGGGAGCAAGUGAGCCGUAACUGUGCACCCAGUUUUAAUUCAGGAGGGGACAGCUUUCUGAACUUCGGAGAUGCUGUCCUAUAUACACUGCUGGCAAUUGGAGAGUGGUGUCACUGAAAAGUCUCUGAAAAGUGGCCACAUGGCAAGGUUGCAAUGGUGCAUCUGAACAGACGCUCUCAGCAAUUCCAUACGCAGUUCACUGCCUUGAACUUCAGCCUCAAUCCGCCCUGUUGUGCUUUAAUAAUUGGCUGGAUUUCAUUGUUGGGAUUAUUGACAAUUAGUGUUCAAUUAUAUUGAUUAGUGAUAAAUUAUAUAUGAGGGAUUUGUGUACAUGUUUAAUGGCACUGAGCACAUUUGCCAUGCCAUCCUUCUACAUGACAGGCCCUGCUACAUCAGAUAACAGGGACUGGGGUUGUUUUUUAAAAUACAGAUAGACACUACAACAUCCAGCAACCUUACUGGUGGAGAUUGGCUGUAGGAUUACCAACCUCCAGGUAGGGGACUAGGUCUCUCAGAAUUGCAACUGGUCUCCAGACUACAGAGAUCAGUUCUCCUGCGGUAAGUGGCAGCUUCAGAGAACUGGCAUUACAUUGCUGCUGAGCUCUUUCCCCUUUGGAAACUCUGCCCUCCCCAUGCACUUCUUCAAAUAUUCAGGAGUUUCCCAAGCUUCCCCCCCCCAUCAUUGGGGGGUGAAGGUUGAGGGAAGAGAUGUGGGAGGAUUUGGGUCUUGAUUUGCCACCAAUUACACAUGUUCUGGUGUAUGGUCUGUAUUUUCUUGGUUAGAUAUGAAUUUCAUAUAUUUACAUUUCACUCUGUAAAUCCUGCAUUUCAUAGACUCUUCACUAUGGUUUUAUUUUGUUUUGUCAUACCUCCUAAAUAAAAUGUUUGCAUAGCAUUUGAAGAAAUAAUCUCUAGUCCCAAAAAGUUUAUGCGGAAAUAAACUUGGGUUAGUUUUUAAGGCUUCUGUUUAUUUUAGUCACUCAGGAUAGAUGAUACUGAGGUAGGUGGAUCAAUGGCCUGAAUCAAUCAAAAGCUGUGUUCACCCUUAUUCUGAGUCAGACCGUUGAUCUAUCAAAAUCAGUAUUGCCUAUUGGCAGUGGCUCUCCAGUGUCUCAGGUUAGAGGCCCGUCACAUCACUCACUUAUGCUGGAAUAAAUUUAAGUCUUCAAGGUA